AUGGCGCGAGAUUGUUUUCAAAGAAAUCCUCGUGAGAAUCUAAAGAUACGCCUUAUUGCAAAAAGGAAUCAAGAUGGUAGGACAUAUAACUUGCCAACUGCUUCUGAAGUUGCUGCUUUAAUAGUUGGAGAUAUUGACACUUUGUUUGAACCUAGAGAUAUUAUUGUGAAGAGUAAACAAGGUUAUCUCGAGCGUAUUAGUGAACUACAUCCUUCUUAUUUAGCUCUUCAAUAUCCCCUACUUUUUGUGUACGUUGAUGAUGGUUAUAGAAUUGAUAUCCUUCAUCGUGAUGUUUCUACUUCAACCACCAGUGAUGUUUCUACUUCAACCACCAGUAAAAGACAUACGUGCACAAUGAGAGAAUACUUUUGCUAUAGAAUCCAAGACAGAUUGAAUACGUUUUCUUUGGUUCUUAAUUCCAGAAGGCUUUUUCAACAAUUUUUGGUUGAUGUGUAUACUAUGAUUAAAAGCGAAAGGCUCUUAUACAUACGUACUCAACAAAAGAAAUUAAGAUGCGAGACUUUUGAGAAUUUAUGUUUCGUUAAAAAACAAGGCAAAGGUGAUGUCUCCAAAAUCGGUCAGCGUGUUAUAUUACCUUCGUCUUUUACUGGUAGUGAACGGUACAUGUUUCAAAAUUAUUUAGAUGCCAUGUCCCUUUGUAAAUGGUAUGGAUAUCCUGAUUUUUUCAUAACAAUCACAUGUAACCCAAAAUGGCCUGAAGUGAAGAGGUUUCAUAAGGACAUGACUCUUAACCCGGAAGAUAGGCCUGAUAUUUUAUGUAGGUUAUUUAAAAUCAAGUUGGAUUCCAUCAUUAAAGACUUAAGGGAUAAUGCAAUUCUGGGAAAGGUUCAAGCAGUUGUAUAUACGGUGGAGUUUCAAAAGCGCGGCUUGCCUCAUGCUCAUUUGUGCUUAUUUAUGCAUGCCGACCACAAACUUCCAACCGUUGAUUAUAUCGAUCCAUUCAUUUCUACCGAAAAAGAACCAGAGUUAUAUUUUCUUGUAAGUGAGUUCAUGAUUCAUGGUCCUUGUGGUGUUGAAAAUAUGAAUUGUCCCUGCAUGAUUGACGGAAAGUGUUCAAAAAAAUUUCCCAAAAAAAUCCGUGAAUCUACAUGCAUAGAAGGUGAUGGUUUUCCCGUUUAUAGAAGGCGUAACAAUGGUGUUUUUAUUGAGAAGUCAGAUGUCAAGAAUCCUUCUGUCAUUAGGCUUCCUUUUCAUCUUCCAGGACAACAACAUGUUAUCUAUGAAGAAUUUGAAGAAAUAGAAGAUGUGUUAGAUAAACCGUCAGUGAAUGCUUCAAUGUUUUUACAGUGGUUUCUUUGUAAUCAAAAAUACCCAGCCGCACGUCAACUUACUUAUGUCGAAUUCCCAACACAAUUUGUCUGGAAGAGCAACAAACGUAAGUUGAAACCAAGGAAAAGAGGGUUUUCAAUUGGCAGAAUUCAUUCAGUUUCUCUUUCAGUCGGUGAAGCUUAUUAUUUGAGGAUUUUGUUGAACAAGGUGAAAGGUCCAAGAAAUUUUGAGGAUAUUAGAACCGUAAAUGAUGUUGAGUAUCCUACUUUUAGAGAUGCAUGUUAUGCAUAUGGCCUUUUGGAUGAUGACAAUGAAUAUGUUGAAGCAAUUGUAGAAGCAAGUUUCACCGGAUCGGGUUAUUAUAUAAGAAGUUUGUUUUGUACAAUGUUAAUGUCCGAGAGUAUGUAUAGACCUGAAUUUGUGUGGGAAAAAACUUUCACUUACUUGUCAGAUGACAUUCUCUACAAGCAACGUCGUAUUUUAAAACAUCCAGGUUUAGUACUUAACGAAGAUCAAAUUAAGAACCUAACAUUGUUUGAGAUCCAAAAGUUUUUACUUCGAAAUAAUUCGACUCUUAAAAGGUAUUCCAGUAUGCCUUUUCCUAAUCAUGAUUGUAUAUCUUCCGCAAACAAUCUUUUACUUAGUGAAUAG